GCGAGCUGUGUCAGCUGAAGCUGAGAAGCUGGAAAGUGAGAGGCAUGCAAGGCUUGAAGUCCCUGAGCCAUCUGUUCAGAGGCAAGGUGAGCAGUUUGAUAUCAUACAGUCAGCUUUGGGCGCAGUGUCUCACUUGCAAAGGAGGCUUUGCUUGUUUGCUCGGCAGCAGAUGGCCAAGCCACCCAGACCUGACGUCAACAAUCCAUUCGUAUCAGUCAUGCAGACCUCGCAAAAUGUGACCUCAUGGAAGGCCAAAGCAAUUACUUUUGAAAAGACCAUCAAGACAGUGCAGAAGGAUUACACACGGGCAGCCGAGGCACUGCUGCAGUCUGCCAGCUUUCUUUGGCAUCUCACGUUACAAAGAUUGGUUUCCAUGAUUGAUGAGCAUGGGUUUGAAGGCCUGGUUUUCAUACGCAAACGCCGGUAUGAUGAGAGCCCUUUCCUAUUGAGAUUGCGCGAAGAGAGCAAUGAGCACUCACGAGGCCCCACAAAGGCGCCUGGAAAUGCCAAGGUAAUGCAAUCAGAGCUGGGGUUUGCUGCCUUGCUGAGGCUCAGAAAACUGAAGCAAGCUUCAUCUGCAAACUCUGCUGAGCCUGCUGGUGAUGAUGAUGUUGCUGAGCCUGACAGUGCAUAUGAGUAUGAUUACCAAGAGGUGCACGGUUGGUGCCCUACUUGGUUGCAUGCGCUGGAUAGGACAACUCAGGAGAACAUUGCGGAAACUCAGAGACAGGUGCAAGAUUCGGUAGUGUUGCCUGAGAAGCUUCUUCAAAGCUUCAAGCUCUUGAGUGAUGUGGUUUGCUCGGAUGCCUACAGUUCGAAUGUUGCAGCUGAGCGGAGCUUGCAAAGUGAGGCGCCAUCUUGGACAAAGAGUCACAAUUUUUGCCUACUGCACAAAGCCGCAUCAGUUCAGGCAGCGCAGUUCAAACUCGUGUCAGGUCAUGUUUCGGGCUUGUUGAGCAUCAGUUUGUCCAUGCAGGCAAGUGGUACUACUGCCUUUCUUCAAGAUACUCUAGCAGAAAUUCUGCGCGACAAGUUGGAAGUCCGGUAUGGUGACCCCCCGGCGCAAUAUCGAAGUCACCAAGAAGCCAUCCAUAACUUGUUUCUGCCCACUGGACCAGACAGCAAUUCAAGCUUGCUGCAUCAGAAGCAGCGGGCAAUUCUCAGUCAUGUCUUCAAUGGUGAUCUGCAAGAUGACAGUCGCAUUGUUUUUUGGACAAAGAACACAGACUUGGUGAAGGAUCGUUUAUCAAAGUGGCUGGGCGGCGAGCUCACUAUCGAAUGGGCUGGCCUGUUAGCCAGCUACCAUGGCUUGCUGUUGCCUCUGGUUCAGGGCUGGAUUUCUAAGACUUCAGAUAUUCCAAUUGGCCCCAAGCCACCCUCCGCGCCCAGUGAACGUGGCGCACAGACUGGCUGGGCUGCUCUUGCAGACCGCCUUGAACUGGAAACAGAUCCUUCUGGGCAUGUUGACGCUGGCGCUCUUCCUUCUGUUGAUUUGCCACAGCAGGAACCUGCUAAAGAUGAUGUCAAUCCAGACGUAUCUUGGGCAGAGUUCAACAAGGCGAACAAGCGAAAAGCAUUGGCGUAUGUUCGCACAAAGCCUGCUGAGGUUCUGGUUCUCAUGCGCAUUUGCAUGAGAGCCAGCCUCCGUCUCAUUUUUGUUCUCGUGCAUGUGGCUUCUGUCGUGUUUGCGCGAGAGCAGCUGUUGAAGGCUUCCAAAGGUCAGCCUCGAGCUCAUCGUGUCUUGGAGGUCUUGUCAGGGAGGGUGCAGGCAAUUUUCCAGGAUGAAAUUGCAGCUUCCAUGUCUUCGUGUUUUCCAGGCAUGGCAAACACAGGCCGCAGAGAGGCUAUCCGGGUGCUGGCUUUUCGCAUGCUUUCCGUCAGCCUUUGUGCCGCUCAGCAGUUGGUUUGGCGCUUGGCUGGUAGCUCCUCCGUGGUGCUAUUCAAUUCUUUGGUGAAUGGGGUUGAAGAACUCAUGGCUAUGGGCCCAUGCUUGUAUGAUGAGCUGACAACCAGAAUCAUGAGCUUGUUUCCCUCAAGAGGCAGGCUAGCUUCGGAAGAGUGUCAACAAAUCUUGCACACGCUAGCCCAUCAUUUCCAAAUCGACAUUUUGGAUAUGGAGCGCAAACACAGCUCCAUUCGUAGGACCCUCCAGAGCAAGUCCUUGCACACCUGGGCCACAAGUAUGUCAGCAGCCUCAGCCCAUUGGGUGGUUAAUGCAGUCAAUUUGUUGCGGCGCCCUUUUCAAGCCAAGAAAGAAAAGAAAGAGCGCCGCAAGAAGGAGAAAAGGCAAAUACAGGGUGGUGGCCCAUGGAGAGCAUUUCUCCAUAUUAAUGCCAAGACAAAAAGCAUGCGUUGGAACAGUGCUUACAUGCGCCAAAUGUCAAAUGAAUACAAAGCUGCGAUGAGAGGGCCUGACGCGGACAUGUUCAGACAUUUGGGCGUUUUGGGAUCACUGGCAAGCAGAGCGGGGAGAAACAGUUUUCAGAGGCCUCCAAGAGCCCGAGAACAGGCCUCUCGUGCUGCGCAGAACACUGGACUGGCCUUGGACGCUGCAGAGGCUUUUGAUGAAGAGCUUGAGGCCUCUUUGGCAAAUAUCCGAAUCAAAAGCAGGAAAGGCACCAUGGCGAAAAACAAGGCAGGUGCAGCUGCUGACCAAGAGGUUGAGGGGGUGUCCGCUGCCCUUGCACCGGCUCAUGCAGAUGGCUUGGCGAAGCAGAAUCCUUUGUCGAAUCAACUGGGCAAUGCCUUCAUUUUCACUCCUGGCAAACCAGCUGUGGCUGAGUUUCGUGUUCCUGCAGAUCGUUUUUGUCAGGAGAUUUUCAAGCCCACCUUCCGUGAGCAGUCGGGUCAUGGUGAAGGAGUUGCAAGCAUGCUGGACAGCAGUUGGAGCCAAAGAUGUUGCUUGACCAAGCAUGCCGAAUCGCCAGUGCUAGAUUGCCGGCACUCAUUCAAGACGUCCGCUUGCUGCGCCUUGUGCUUCUGCGUUCAUCGAGGUGAUGGGUUGAAAGCGUAUCAGUUUCAUCUUAAGAUUGCAAAGUUGCUGAAGCCAUACUUCAGGGCCGUUCGCCAGAAAAGGAAGAGGCAAAAUGAGGAAACAGCCCCAGCAGAUGCCAAGAAGAAAAAACCAGUGUAUCCAGAGGCCCGCAAGUUGUUGGACAGCGCCAUGAUCAUUAUGCGUCUGAGCACUGGCAGUGAUGCGGUUUCUGGAAACAGUGAGGCUGAGGCUGAGCCUGAGCCAUGUCAGGGUGUAUCUCCAGCUCCAUGGGGUUCGGUGGCUCAGAAAAUUCUGUGCAAGCAAGGCCUGGGAACUGAGCAUCGGCCCUCUCAGGAGCAUUGGCUUCACAUUGGGUACAUGAACAUGACCACACACAUGUUCAGUGUUAUGCAGCUUCUACCGAUUUCACCGAAGGACAAUGACGCUACUGGCCAGGAUGUUGUGUCGUUGUCUGCCAGGGUGUCCACAGGUAUUCGUGCCUGGCGUUCCAUGGAGUUUUUCAAGCAGCACCUGGACUUCAAUCUUGUUUGGCAUGUGAGGCUUUACAGGAUUCUGUCCACAGACAAGUUUCUGACUGCUACUGAGAUGGCGCCUUCCAUUGUUCAGGCUCGAGUUUGUGCAGAGGUCCCUGAGCUUCGUUGUUGGCAAGGUUGGAGUGAAGAGGAGAAGGCUUUGGGCAGUGGCCAUCAAGGCGGUGGUGGAGGGGGAGGUGGACCAGGGGGAGGUGGACCUCCAGGUGGGAACAGCAGGCCAAAGCCUCCCAAACCACAAAAUCAGCUGGAAGAUGCAGCUGAAGAACAGCCGCAUCCUGCUGCCGGCAUUGGUGAUUGGUCAGAUGACGAACAACCAGUUGGUGCAGGUGGGCCUGUGGAUGCUGCUGCGCAUGCACAUGAGCUGGAGCUCAUGGGUCGUGCAAGUGAUGAUGAUGAAGUUCACUCAUUGCCGUCAGAUGCUUCAGUAGUGGAUGAUGCCACUGUGGCCGAACAAGUUGCUGAAGCCCUUGCAGCAGAAGCAGAACCGCUGGAGGCAGCAGGGGCAGGACAGGCUCUACACCUCCCUGCUGCUGCUGCUGCUGCUGCUGCAGACGACAUGCUUCCGCCAGCUGAUGUUGCGCCUCCUCUUGUCCCAAAGGCAAAAGCAAAGGCCGCUCCACGUUCUGGAGGUGAACUGAGUGGGGAGGCUGUGUUGCGCCUGAAGGUGCCUGGAGGUACACUGGUCUAUUAUGAGCACACCAAAGAUGUGACAGCUUAUUGUGAUAGACACCCAGAAUGUCGAAAGACAAGAACCACUCGGCCAGGGAACAAGCGAGGUCAAGGAAGACCGCUGGGUUUCCUGUUGGCUUGGCUGGGCAAGGCAGCAGACUACACAAAUCAGAGCACUCACGUACACAGGUGCCGUGUGACUUUGGAAGAUCGCCGUGCAGGCCGAAUGUUGCUGAUGCUUCAAGAAGGGUGGGAGACUCUGGGAAACAAGGAGCGACCACAGAGAGCCGAUGAAGCAGAAGAGGAACCUGAGCAUUUCACAUGA